AUGAAACGUCAGAUCGCCAUUGCAUGUGUUUUCUGUGAUUACGAAGGCCUGUACCGCAGCCUGCAGGUCGUACCACACUACCACAUCUGGUUGGCCGCCAAACAAAGCCCCAACCCAUUCUAUCGGCAGGACCUGGAAACGCGUGCGAUUGAGCAAGGCUUUGAUGUUACCGAAAAGAUAUAUUCCUGGACAGGAGAGUCUUCAGACUGGUUGGCAAAGGACUUAGAGCCUACUAAUAAUGCAAUAUACUCGCCCCUUACUCCAUUUUUUAUGUCGGAUAGCGGCCAAAGAGUAGGUACAUAUUUUGACUAUUCAAUGGAUUCUGGUAUUAUCGAGCGCUACGUGUUUCAACGGCCAGAUCUCCUGCAUAAAUUGGAGGUUCUUUGCGAUGGGUACUGCCCGGGAUCCUUAGAUUGUUUAGAGGAGGAAGAGCUUCCGGAGGAGCAGGCGUCUGGGAGGACCGGAACCAGGGAUAUAGCAAAAUUGUAA